CCAAUGACUCCACAGGUUUGGGCUCACAAGAAGAGCGCGUCCCGUGUUCGCCAGACAGUAACGUAUUCUCCACCGUAAUCAGCGCACACAACCUGCCGUAUUUACGUAACAGGCCUGUAUUGAGACGGCCUGUGAACCAGUGUUGUGCCCAACUUUACAAGCUACUCCACUCUCUCACAGGAACAAUCCGUCGUUUUGAACUCCUUGACAACUACAGCAUUGAUAAACUUGCUCCCACAGGAGGAAAAAAAUACCUUUCCGGAAUUGAGAUUUGCCGAUUUUACAACGACCUACCAUGGCGAGCGACAAUGCAACCACGACUACCACAACCCCAGUGACUAAAAACCACGACAAACCCAAGGAGAAGGGGAUUGAAGACGCCGUAUCCAAGCUUCUAGAAGGAUACGACUGGACGUUGCUGCCCAUGACCCAGAAGUCGUCCUUGAAGCACCGUGCCCACAUCAAGCGACCCAUGAAUGCGUUUAUGGUAUGGGCACAGGCGGCGAGGCGGAGGUUGGCAGAUCAGUACCCACAAUUACACAAUGCUGAACUCUCCAAGACCCUGGGCAAGGUCUGGAGAGUGCUGAGUGACGAGGAGAAAUUGCCCUUUAUCGAGGAAGCUGAACGACUACGCUCACAACACAAGAAAGACCAUCCCGAUUAUAAGUAUCAGCCACGUCGACGUAAACCGCCGAAGAGUCUCUCUAGCCUGAUGGAGGGAGACACGGGGGCACCGCCGCUCUCCUACCGAGUCCAGGGAGGGUUAAUGGGUGGAGGUGGAGGGUACUGUCCUGGCGUGGGUAUGAGCAUGACUCUCCCGCCCUCCCACGCCCACGCCGCACCGCCCACACCGCCCAAGACACCACAACAUCAACACAACUUAAGGGUUGGCGGGUCAUCGGGAAGUGGUGGGGUAGGUGAGGGUGCUGGAAGGAGCGACUGUAGCUUUGGCAAGAGUACCGUCUCUGCUUCCUACGUCAGGGACCAUCAUCACACCCCUCACUCUCACGCCCAUUUCUCCGGCCUGGAUGCAACCAAAGCUCAGUUAUUCAGUCAGGCUGGCAGUAACAGCAGCAUGGGAGGCAGCAGCACCAGUCAGUACAUGAGUGACUCUGGCAGUCCAGGAGCCAGGAUGGAGGCUGCCAUGGCUCUCCAGGCAGCCAGAAACAACUUCUCACCCUCAUCAUCUUCCGCUCCCUCCUUUUCUCCGUCAAACUCCUCCCCGGGUUCCUCUACGUCGUCCACGUCGUCAGCAGCCUUCUUCAGGGACGACACCACGGCGAACAUGGCUGCCAACCUCAUGCGUCCAGCCUUUGGCCAAGAACUAUUUCAGGGCCACAUGUUCGCCGGGUCAGCUCAUGCUCAGGGGGCCAUGAACCUGCAGGGAGCUCAGUCCUUCUAUCACUACGGUGCUCAGGGCCUUCACCCUUAUUACAUGACACCAAGAUAACCUUAGAAGUUUCAAGAGAUAACAACACGAUCCCAAGAGAAUUUUAUGUGGUCCCAGGAUAUAACUUUAUGCAGCGCCAAGACAACAUUAUUUGGUCCCAGAAUAACUUUAUGCAACGCCAAGAUAACUUUAUGACCCCAGGAUAAUAUUACAUAACAUCAAGACCAUUCUUCUGUGAUUUUAAGAUAACUAUAUGUGACACCGUUUUCUGUGGUCCUAAGACGAUCUUACAUGGCCUUGGGAUAACGAUGCAAGGUCCCCCCCCACCAAGAUAACAUAUCAUGGUGUUCAGAAACUCCUAUAUGGCCCUACAGGAACUGGACAUGGCCACGAGAUGACGAUAUGUGGACCCAAGGUGAUUGCCCUGGCAAGAAGAUAACCUGACAUGACCCCUGUGUAGUAUAAUCCAUCAGGGCUAUAAGAUAACCUGGCAAGGGCUGAAGAUAGAGAAGUUAGUACGAUCACAAGAUAAUUUCAAAUGGGUCCGUGAUGAACUGAUGCAAAACACCUAACAGUGCAAUUCUUCCCACACAUAUUGUUUAUAAUCUGUAAGAUAGAGUAAUUAGAGAUGUACCUGCUCAGCACUCAGUUGUUUACUAAUAAAACUUGUUAGUUUUAUCCAUCAGUUGCCAUCAGGUAAUCACGGCUAACCCUCCCAACAAACGUGGAAAAAUGGUCAUAUAACGUAGGUGGUGACUUUGUAUGGCUGACUAUGCUAAUUAUAAAAAGAAUUGACCUUUUAGGAGGUUAUUGGACAAUGAAAAGAUUAAUUAUUUUUCAAUCUCUAUCAUAUUUUGCCAAUCAGAAAUUUUAGUGAAGAAAAUGUACAUCAGUUAUCCAGUAUCAGUUUCAGGAAUAGUGCAAAAUACAAGUACUGUACAGUAAUUUCCCAUGUGGUGUGGCAGGUGUAUAAAAGUGCCUUAAUUUUAAAACUGACCAAAACGGGUUGUCCAUAAAAGAAUUUUGAGAAUAGUGAACUUAACAGAUGUACUGAAAUAGAGAAACUAUGGAAUAUAUAUUUGUUACUAAUAUGAUUCAUCAGAGUCUUUAAAUAUUCACGUGGAUCUUGACCUGUUAUUUGUUGGUGUAUGGAUUUUUUUUUUUUUUAAUAUUAUCUAGAGUCACUCCGUGUUUACCGUGGGAGAGAGAGAUUUGUGUAUAGAUUUGCCAUACUGUGAUCACUGUAUAAUAAUCACAAUAACAGACUACCAGCCAUUAUAUUGAAAAACUCACUUGGUAAAUAUUCCCCAUCGGGUGUUGAGAACUAUUUUGGGAGAUUGCAGUGAGGUAUAGAGAACCAUCAGUAAAUGUUACCUGUACUGUGUAGGUAAACAGACAAAAUAAUUUAAUUUAUCGUCAAUGUUUCAUACUUUCAACAUAACCAUUUAUAGCGACAGGGUAUUUAAGACGUUCAAAUACAUAUGUUGGUGCAGGUUUAAAAUACCACAUUGCCUUCAAUUUAAUUACAAAACCAGUUUUUAAUAUUUGAAAUUAACUUAAAGGCAAUGUGGUACUGUAUUUUAAACCUGCACCAACCUAUGUAUUUGAACAUCUUAAAUACCCUGUAGCUAUAAAUGGUUAUAUUGAAAGUAUGAAACAUUGACGAUAAAUUAAAUUAUUUUGUCCAUUUAUAUGAACACUACUGGUAACAUAAAAUAAUAAUCUACUGUACUGUACUGGUAACAUUAAAUAUGAAUAAUCCUG